CCGGGGCCCUCUCCGUCUCAUUUCGCCAAACCCCGCACCCUCCGAGGAGAUGAUCGACGGCGAAGAUCGCGCUUCGCCAGAACCCGUCUCCGAUCCCAGCCGUUGAUGGCGGAUAUCUACGUCAAGAUGGUCGGCGAAGACGACUCCCCGGACAAAUGCCGCGAGGCCCGCCGCCGGAGAAUCGAGAUGCGGCGCUUCACCGUCGUCGCCGGGGACUCGCCCUCUAGGGCGGGGAGCCUCUCGCGAAGCGCGGAGAGGAAGCGGGAAGCGGAGGCGGAGGCGGACGCGGCCGAGUCCGAUCCUGCCACCGGCCGCGGCGAGAAGCGGAGCCGUCCUGCUCGGGACGACUCGCUGACGCCGCCGCCUCCUCCACCAUCCUCGGCGACGCCCUCUUCUCCUUCAACUCCUACCUCGCCAGGCGAAGCAAGCGGAGCACCGGCGAUCGCGUCGUGCUCCGCAUCGUCCCCGGCACCGGCGGUGGAGCCUCGGCUGGCGUUUGGCUCGAUUUCUCUCUCCGGCCGGUCGAGGGAGAUGGAGGACGCCGUCUCCGUCCAGCCGGGGUUCUUCCUUCCUCCCGGCGGCGGCUCGAUGCUGCACUUCUUCGCCGUCUUCGACGGCCACGGCGGCUCGCACGUGUCUGCGCUAUGCAAGGAGCGGAUGCACGUGAUACUGGCGGAGGAGCUGGCGGCGGCGGGGGUGGCGGAGGCGACGGACGAGGACCGGUGGAGAGCAGCGAUGGCGCGGAGCUUCGAGCGGAUGGACGAGCUGGCGCUGACGGCGUGCGUGUGCGGCAACGUGGGGUACCCGCCGUGCCGGUGCGAGCGCUCGGGAAUCGAAUCGGACAUCGUGGGUUCCACGGCGGUGGUCGCCCUCGUCAGCCGCGACCGCCUCCUCGUCGCCAACUGCGGCGACUCGCGGGCGGUGCUCAGCCGAGCGGGCCGUGCGUUUCCGCUCUCCUCCGACCACAAGCCUGACCGGCCAGACGAGCUGGCAAGAAUAGAAGCAGCGGGCGGGCGGGUGAUCUACUUGAAUGGUGCUCGCGUCCAUGGAAUCCUCGCAAUGUCCCGGGCCCUAGGAGACAGGUACUUGAAACCUGCAGUGAUAUCGGAGCCAGAGGUCCGCAUAGUGCAGAGGAGUGCUGAAGAUGAGUGCCUUAUCAUCGCUAGCGAUGGGCUAUGGGAUGUUCUACCUAACGAUCUCGCAUGUGAUGUUGCUCGACGGUGCCUUGAGGAAGCUGAUACAGCUAAGGGUACAGAAGAUCUUGGUACUGGAGCUGCUGAGGGUGCAACUGGUGUUCAAGAAGAGCAGCAAGCAUCUGAAGAACAUUGCUCUGCUGCGGCGGCAUUGCUAGCCAGGCUUGCACUGGGAAGGAAGAGUGCUGACAAUAUCAGCGUGAUCGUUAUUGAUCUGAGGAGAAGCUAAAGGAUAAAAAAAGUAUGCAGAGGCGCAGGCUUUCUAACUGGAUCGUGCGGAUACAUGUACGUGCAUCUGCCCCAACACUUUGAGCUUCGGAAGAUGUUCACCGUCAAAACACCAUUUUCUUAGGAGAGGUGGCGGCAGUAACCAGAGCUACAAAUCUAAGCGCAGAACCAUGAAGCAAUGCAAAUAAAGGUAAAUGUAAAGACAAAUAAAGAUAAAUAAAAUGAUGGGUAUUUGAUUGGCCAAAA